GCAAACAGCGACGCUAACCACUCAUAUCAACAAGUCCGGCAAGUGGCAAUCAGUUGUGAAUUAGCGCUUGGACUGCGUAGAUCGUUUGGUUCGCACUUGUUCGCCCAUCAGUACCGGAAUCCAUACAACCGAAGGAAGAAGAAUGUCUUUCGUCAUCCGUAAAAUCAUCUCCACCGGCAAGUGUCCGAAGCCACUGGCUGCUUACAGCCAAGCAGUGGUCGCCGAUCGAACGGUAUAUUGCUCCGGUGUUAUCGGUGUUGAGCUGGAAGAACCGACCCUCGUGAGCGGGGGAGCCGCUGCCCAAACCGUCAAAGCGUUGGAACACCUUUCCAACCUGCUGACGGCAGCUGGAUCCGGCAUCGACAAGGUCGUGAAGACAACCGUACUGUUGGCCAGCAUGGACGAUUACGCCGAAGUGAAUCACGAAUAUAAAAAAGUCUUUGGAAGCAAUUUUCCAGCACGGACAUGUUACGCAGUAUCGAAACUUCCCCUUGGGGCUGCCGUUGAGAUUGAAGCCGUUGGCAUUAUUGGAGAUGUUAAACACGAAAGUGAUUAAAAUAAAUCUGAUAUCUCGA